GAACCUUCUCCUGAGAUCCAACCUGACCCUGCCCUGGCACAGCUCCAGCCAUUCCCUGGGUGCUGUCCCUGGUCCCCACAGAGCAGAGCUCAGUCCUGUCCCUCCUCUGCCCCUGCCCAGGAAGGUGGAACUGCAGUGAGGUCUCCCCUCAGUCUCCUCUUCUCCAGCUGAACACACCCAGUGCCCUCAGUGCCCUCCCAGGGCUUCAAAUCAAGGCCCUUCCCCAUAUUUGCUGCCUCCUUUGGACACUCUCUAAUGGCUUCACAUUCUCUCCUGUUUUGCAGCUUUACCUCCUGAGCCAAAGCAUGUCCUGUGGCAGCCUGUGUGUCCCCUCCUGUGGGGUGGCCACCCCGGCCCCUCUGGCUGACACGUGCAACGAGCCCUGCGUGCGGCAGUGCCCCGACUCCACGGUGGUGAUCCAGCCCCCGGCCUCAGUGGUCACCUUCCCCGGGCCCAUCCUCAGCUCCUUCCCCCAGCAGAGCGUGGUUGGCUCAGCAGGAGCCCCCGGCGUUGGAGGGGGCUACGGGGGCACUUUUGGAGGCCGUGGGGGCUACGGAGGCUACGGAGGCUACGGAGGCUAUGGGGGCUAUGGGGGUUAUGGGGGUUAUGGUUAUGGGGGCUAUGGGGGCUAUGGGGGCUGUGGCUAUGGGGGCUGGGGCCGUGGCUGGGGCCGUGGCAGCUGUGGCUCCUGCUAAACCCCAAACAUGCAGGGAGGGCAG